ACAUAAACACAGAAGUUGAAAAUGUUUAACUUUGAAAAAAAUCUAGUUUACAUAUGCAAAUUUGGUCACAUCUUUCAUGAAGAAUUCGGGCUCGGCUGAAUUUAAUAAUAGUGGAUUGUUGAAUUUGCACUUCAUGUAACGUGGUGUUUCUAUGAAGUAAUCAAUAUUUGUGGUUAUUUUCACAUCGGCCCCAGAAUUUCUGUUGGAAGGGAAAGGUUCAUUGGGGCAUGACAAAUCUUAGGCAACCCCCAGUGUUUAGAAUCACUUAACCUGAUACCCCACGCUAUUGCUCCUGUUAAUUGAAAACUGCCCUGGCCCAGGAUACUUCUUGGUGAGUACUGCAGAUUGACCCCCUCAUACUUUUUGUGGGUGUACAUGCGCAGUAAUGUUAAAAGCCGAACUGUUACAAAAAAGGCAGCUUUUUCUCUCUUCUACAUUGGCCACGGGCUAUCAAAGACAGAAGAAGAGGAUUACUCUGUAGUGCUCUCUAAGAUGUACCCUGGGCUGGUGCACUUUUCUGCUAGCAGGAGCAGCGGCCCAGGGUAUUGGGUAACUAUUGGCACACCCCAGUGAUUAAUUCUUACCUUUUCCUUUUAAAGGGCACUUUUGGUCUCCUCCAAUGAGAUUUGUUUACUAGAGCUGUCAAUUUUCCAGGUUAGAGUCAGGUUGGAGGUUACCAAACAGAACCUGGAAAGCAUCCAAAUCUAAGAACACACCUGUAGAGGAGUUGACUUAUCGGAAAGCUCUCAGAAUCGCAUUAGAUAUUUUGAAUGAAGCACCCACUGCAGUGAGUUUAGUUGAUAACCAUUGCAACAGUGAGACAAAUAAUACUUCCUCUAAAGAUACAGUGUUUAAAGAAAUGGAAAAAAACAUUGGGAAGAACAUUAAUCAAAAUUCAUCCUGUACCACAAAUAGGAGAAAGAACCCCCUUGAAAACAAGAGAAAAAGGCUGACUCAAAAACCUGACAAAAUGGAGCACUGUGUUGCAGACAGCACAGAAGACAUUUCUUUAAGUCCAAUGCUACAUGAAACAAACCCAGCAUUAAAUAGUUUGAGGAAAGAACAUGACAGUUCUUUUGGUGCCACAAGUAGUAUAAAGAAAUCCCCUGAUAUAAAAAGGAUGAGAAGUUUAAAAACAAAUCGGGACACAGGAGCAGCAACUCCGCAAGAUACAGAAGAACUUAGAGUUUCCAAAAGUCCUCAGGAAAAUUUUGAUUCCAGCUCCACUUCACCAAAGUGCAUGGGUGCUGCAAAGAACGGUGAGCCAAGGAACACAAAUGGCAAAAUAAAGAAAGGAACAGGCAAACUGAAUGUACAGAACAAGAAGCAUGGUUUAAGAACAUGUUAUCCAACCAGGUUGACCCACACCAGCAGGGACUUAAGCUUGCAGACUUCUUUGGAAACAGAGAGUGGAAUAAAAUGUAAAAACCAUCCUAUUCAAGACAAGCAAGACUUCUCUCCUGAACUGUCUUCCUCUGAUAUGGAGCUAAACUCCCCAACAGGUGCUGUACAUGAUGCCAUGUUGCCAGAGGAAGGGGAUCCAGAUGUGGAACUGCCAAGUUUCUUAAGACAGUCAGAUCCUGUUUCAUUUGAGCCCGGAAUGUUUGUCUGGUGUAAAUAUCAAAAAAUCCCCUACUGGCCAUCAUUGGUCAAAACCAUACGUAGGAAGGACCAUAAAGCAAGUGUGCUAUAUGUUGAUGAGACACUGGCAGACCCCAACAACAAAGCAAAAGGUUUUUCUGUUUCCCUGCGCAACUUAAAGCACUAUGAUUGUAAAGAGAAGCAGCAACUUCUGGAAAAGGCCAGAGAAUGCUAUGGUAAUGCUGUAGACUGGUGUAAUGAAAUGAUAAAAGACUACUGCAUUCGGAUGGGGUGUGCCUCAUUUUCUGGAUCUUUUGUGGAAUACUGUACUGCUGAUAUAAGUUACCCUGUUCGGAGGGAGUUGCAGUUUGGCAAGUCUCGGUUGUUCUUCCCUGCAGUGGAUACUGAGAGUGAAGAUUCUCAAACAGAAGCGACUCCUAGCAAGUCCCAUCCAGGCAGAAAGUUAUUGCCAGACCGUGCACGAGCAGCAAGGGAUCGUGCAAAUGAAAGACUGGUGGACUUUAUUGUUAAGACCAAGCAGGCUGAGAAUCAUCUUAUGGACAUACUUGCAGGGAGAAAGAAAUCCCACUGGUUACAUGAUUUUCAGGUUGCAGACCGACAUAUGACCUGUAUAGAGACCUAUCUGGAAGAUGAGGAACAAGUAGAAUACGUGGUUACAUAUCUGCAGAAUGUUUGCGAGCAGAUGGGCUGUGCAGCACAAAGGCUGAUGAAUAAAGACCCAGCAGCCUUUAUUAUGGAUGUUUUGCUUCCGGAGGCUGUUAUUUUUGCUAUAUCAGCUAUUGACAGAAUUAAUUAUGAAAAAGCAGAAAAGAAGUAUUUGAAUGGCCCCUCUGUCAGUAAAAGGGAAAGAAACUUGUUUGAGGAACAAAUUUUGAAGAAUAAAGAGUCAGAGAUGCGUGGAAGUAAGCUGGAAUCAAAUAAAGAACAAAGGGAAUGAGAUUAAAGUUGUGAAUGUGGACUAUUUGGUGCGUGGACCUGUAAUGAAGUUUUAUGCAGGAUUAAAGGCUUUUCUUUAUUGGCCAGUUAUAUGAACCGCUCUGUGUUUUCUUCAUGAAAGUAUCUAUCAGAAAGGAUACUUUUAACUGAGCUGUAACAAAUUCAGGGAACCAUUGACCAUACUACUUGCAAUUAACAUAAUUAUCAUGUGGCCUGUACCUGAUGACCUUCAACUUGAUAUAGACACUUUUGCCAAAAAGCAAUGCCAUCUUGAGACAUGACUAGUUAGGUUUAGACUUGUUUUUGGACUAGGAAAGCUCAAGCUUAAUCAUGUUUAAUAUAUUAAAACACUCAGAAAUUUCAGGGUCAACUGGUGAGCUAGGAAGGCAGUGGAUCACUUGCUGUGAGCCCAAGACCAGCCUUUUCCCAAAGUGUUUAUCUGUGUUUAUAUAAAGUCUGUCUUGUGAAAACUGUAGAAUGUAUAUCUGUAUGUCUCUUGAUUAAAGCCAGAGCCCAUAUAGCACAUUAUUAUCUGAAAUGUUAUGUUCUGUGAAUGAAUGAAUGUAUUUUAUAGGUGUUGAAUCCUUCUUACUUUAAUUUUAUUUUGUUUGUCAUUAAAUUCCAGCCUGCUAAAUAAAAAAAAAAAUGUUAUCAAUGCAAAAGGACUUAUGCCACUCUGAUUGCUACCUUUUCAGUACAUCAGUGGGUUCCGUUAAGCAGUAAAUGUAAAUACAUUAUUUCUAAUAAAGUGAAUAUUACAUUGUAAUAAAUCUA